GAUGUUACUUUAUGCAAACAGAUCAUCAACAAUCCUGUGUUGCCUGAUGAUCUCCGUUCUGGUCGUAUGCUUACUGAUCUUCGAAUCUCCAUGUCACAUGUUGGUAGCAACUCGUCAAACCCGUUCAGCAUUCAUUGGAUCCUUGAAUCCUGUCCUUCCCUAUUAUCACUUACUUUGGAUAAUGGUUUUCUUGAUGUUGUCAAUGAUACUCUCACUGGAUUGGCGCCUUCCACUACACAAUCUCAUCACCUGAAGCGUCUUGGCAUUACAAAUGGUACCUUCAAAAACGAAAUUUGGU